AUGAGCUCUUUUCAAAACAUCAAGGCACACGAGAAUUCCGUAAAGAUUGAGAACGCCCUUAGGCAUGUCAAAAAACGCGAUAUUGCCCAUUCCCCAGAUAACCCCACCGUUUAUGUGGACGAGCGUGGAGAUUCGUUUGUAACCACCGACCGCAUAGUCAAAUCAAUAGACCCUCCAAGUUUCCGGAUCCCCACCGACGAAGAGGUGUUCCCCCAUGGUAAUCUUCCCGACUAUAGGUUCCUCAUGGAACAUUUCAAACAAGAAGGCAAGCUAUCGGAGCAUCAAUUGUCAGUCAUCUUGAGAACAUCUGCAGAUAUCUUUGAAAGAGAGCCCAACAUGCUCAAGGUGUCUUGUCCAGCAACCGUGGUGGGGGACAUCCACGGUCAAUACUACGAUCUUUGCAAAAUGCUCAACAUGUGUGGGGACCCAAAGAACACCCAGUACUUGUUUCUCGGUGAUUACGUCGACAGAGGAGACUACUCGAUGGAAUGUUUGAUCUUACUGCUGGCCAUGAAAAUUAACUAUCCAAGAUCGUUCUGGUUGCUAAGAGGUAACCAUGAGACAAAGAGAAUGACUGAACAUUUCACGUUCAAGCGCGAAUGCUCUGUCAAGUACUCAUUGAGCAUCUAUCGCGAGGCCCUGAACACGUUCAAGAUGAUGCCUUUCUGUGCAGUCUUGAACGAGCAGUUCUUCUGCUGUCACGGAGGAAUUUCUCCAGAACUAGAAAAACUGAGUGAUAUCGACGAAAUCAACAGAUACAGGCUGGAUUUCCCUUCAAAAGGAUUGUUCAGUGACAUCAUGUGGGCAGACCCUUCCCCAGACUACGACUCAGAAGAGUUUUCCAAGAACGAUUACGACAGCUACUUCCGUGAUAAUUACGAGAGACAUUGUUCUUAUUACUACUCAUACAAUGCGGUUUGUCGCUUUUUGGAAAAUAAUAGCCUGCUGAGUGUGAUCAGAGCUCAUCAGGCCCAGGACUCGGGGUACAGGAUGUAUCGGAAGAACGAUUCAACAGGCUUUCCAUCCGUGAUAACCCUGUUUUCUGCGCCUAACUACUGUGGAACUUACCGGAACAAAGCCGCGGCGUUGAUCUAUGACGGUGCAACUUUCAAUAUCAAACAGUUUGUUGCCACAGACUCGCCGUACCAUCUUCCCGACUUUAUGGACGUGUUUGAGUGGUCUCUGCCGUUUGUGGCCGAGAAAGUGCUUGAUAUUCUUGUUUCCAUACUGAACAUCUGUACAGAGGACGAGUUGGAGGAAGAGACUCUUUUGGCCAGAGACGUUGCCAAGUCUCUAAACGAGGUCCCAGAAACGUCUCCCGAGUUGGAUAUCUCAGCAGUCACUGGCCCUGCAACGGGGGUGUCGCCGCUGGAGGCCCGUGCUUCUCUCAGAAAGAAGCUGCUGUCCAUUGGGCGUAUGUCGCGUAUGUUCAACAUCCUCAGAGAAGAGGCCGAAAAAGUGGAACAUCUCAAAACAUACUCCGGCGGAAAGUUGCCUCGUGGUGUUUUGAUGGACGGAAGAGAAGAACUACACAACAGACUGAAGUCGUUCUCGGAGGCCCGAGAAGCAGAUUUGCAGAACGAGGCAUUGCCACCAUCGUCGGAAGAAUUGGAAAAGAUCGAAGAAGAACGCCAAAGAAAGGCCAGAGAGUAUAUUGACGGCAUGGAGGAAUGA